AUGUCUGCUGGAAAAGCUGCUGGCUUUUUCACCCAAUAUCAAAUAUAUGUGGAGUCAUGUUACACACAUAAUUCCUACCUAGUGGAAAUCAACGACUUGGAUGAAAACACCUGGAUUACAGAAAACAGUCUUAAAGAUGUUUUCUGCACAGAUCCUUACGAUUGUACCUCGUGGAUUGGGGGUAAUGAUAAGGAAAAAGAAGGUGUGUUUGUUUGGGAACACUCGAAAACGGCCAUUGGAUUCACGAACUGGGGCGGUAUGAACCCGGACAAUUACGUUGUACCACACAAAGCAUUGGAUUGUAUCGAUAUGGCUUACAACGGAAAGUGGAACGACCGACCUUGUAAUUUCUUGAAUGUCUUUCUGUGCGAAAGAGACAUCCU